ACGACCACGAGCUUCACUCGCGAUUCUAUUCCUCUUCUUCCUCUGUUUCCCGUCCGUGGCCGCGCCAUCGAUUGUAUCCUUCACGCGCCGGUGGCGCCCCUCUGACGGCCGCGCCGGUUCCUCGUCGCCGGUGCCCCACGGCCCACGGUAAUCCCACGCAUCCCCGCCACGUAGGCUCCCAGUCAGUAGCGCCCAGAUCCAAAAGUGAGAAUUCUGUUCCCUGCGGCGAUUGCCUCAAAAUCAGAUCUUUUCAGCCCUUUUCCCAGUCAGUCUCUUUCAUUCUUUGUUCCAACUUCAGUUAGAGUCUGCUAGGGCCAUUAUCCCGACCUUCAGGAUUCAUCUACGGUCGGUUCAAUCCCCUUCCUCUAGGCAGCUAGCUAACAGGUUCAGUCCCCUUCAGCAUCCAUCGACCUUCGGUACUUUUUGGACGAUUUCCGAGUUUUUAACAAUGGGGAUAGGUCAUUGUAGCCCAGUGUCGAAUGCCAAGAGGAAAUUGCCACCAGGUAGCCCGCAGAGCACAUCUGCCAAGAGAAGGAAACCCAGGCUUCGAAUCAGCAGUCUACCCAAUGAUAUUUUGAGCUCUAUCACAUCUAAAUUGUCACUGAAGGAGGCUGCCAGGACGAGCAUCUUGUCGAGCCAGUGGCGGCGUGUUUGGUUGUGCCGCGCCUACAUUGAUCUCAGUCAUCACAGUCUUGUCGGAGUCCGACAAGGAACGAUCCUGGACUGGUCCUCGAGGUAUUAGACUCAACAGGCGCAAAUUUAUUAAGAGUGUUGGUGCACUUCUCCAGCAACACGAGGGUGUAGGGACCGAGGACAUCAGAAUCAGGCAUAAUCUCUGUGAUAGAUAUGCGGGUCAUAUCGAUAGAUUGGUCGACUAUGCUAUUGCGUCGAAGGCGAAGGGUCUCAUUCUUGAAUUAUGGGCAGUGAAUUAUGGGCCCACGACAGUGCCAUAUAAUUUCCCUCUUCAGGUUCUUGAUACAAAGAACUCAAACUUGCGCCGUCUGGAGCUUUGGUUUGUUUCCUUAAGUCUGCCUGCCAGUUACAGGGGAUUUCAGAAUCUCACUAAGCUUUGCCUGCGAGAUGUUAGUAUUACCAAUGAAGAUGUUCAACGUUUGCUGUCUGAAGGCAAUCAUCUAGAGUGCCUCCGUAUUACCUACUGUAAGAUGCUUACCAGUUUAAGGAUUCCACAUUGCCUGAAUCGCCUUAAGGUUUUGCUUGUUCUGAGUUGCCCGCUACUUCAAGACAUGACGCUAGAUUGUGGAGUGCCAGCACUCCACUAUAGAGGCUCAUUGAUACCAAUGGAGUUUGCUGCACCUUUGAAGCUAAGGAAACUAUCGAUUGAGUUAUUGACUUGCCAUUCUGCUCUAGGAUUCAUCUUCAAUGAACUCCCAGCAACUCUCCCACGUCUUGAGAUGCUCUCAUUAAGUUGCACACAACUUGAGAGGGUUGAUUCAGUGAGCAGGCUUUCCAAAUUUCGUUCUCUGCAUCAUUUGAUAUUAAACUGGACUAUUUCUGGCUCUGCACGCGGGACAACUGAUAUCCUCGACCUUGGUUGUCUCCUAGAGGCUGCCCCUUUCAUGGAAAAACUAGAAUUGCAUAUGGUAAUGGACCAUUUCCUACACAAGCGGUACUGUCAUGAAGACGGCGAGCUGAGGAGUCUCCCUUCAUGCUCGCACUCACAUCUCAGUUUGGCGCAUAUAAGCGGAUUCAUCGGCGAGAAAGAUCAACUGGAGCUGGCGCUUCAUAUUCUCCACAAUGCUACGGUUCUCAAAUCAUUGAAGAUCGAUCCAUGGCCGAGAACAGCUAACCCUAUACGAGCGCGCGUCAAGUCAGAAAACCGUCUUGCCAAUGGUCGGAGUGUUGCAUUGGAAUUUCUUUGCAAAGAUGACUACCGCAAUGUCGUCAGCGUGCUUGAAGAUGUGGGGGAGUAGUUGGUCACUGCUUUCCAUUUGGCCUGCGUAAAUGUAUUUAUUGUUUAGGGUUGUCUGAGUGAUUUUCUUGAGGAAGCCGCGUUGUUAAGACAUGUUCUGAGCCCGUUGUGGUAAAUGGUUUAGAUUUUUGCAAAACCUCAUGCUAGUCUGGACUUGGGUGAAAGUU